AGGGGGGGUCAUGUGUGGUGUCACUGCCCUCCACGCAUGGAUCAGGCUGAAGAACCGUUCAAGUUAGCUGUAGAAACUGAACCAAUUGAAUCAAGAAAGACUCUUCUCUUGGAGAUCAAUAGUUUGCAAUCCUUGAGAUGCUGAUUAUAGGAACUGGUGCCCUCUUGUGGGAUUCCCACAGGAAAUCACCAGGUUUAAAUGUGCUGAAUGGGAUUGGACUAGUGCUUCAAUGAAGGCUGCCUCUUGUCCUGAUAGUAUUCAUUUGCUAGUCAAAGCAAUGCUGACACUCAGCAGACGAGGACACACUACCCACAACUGAACUUCCUAAAAUGCAAUUCUAAUCUGUCAACAGCAGAAGAGGCACAUUUUCUCCAGUACUAUCCCAGACGUCUACAGUUCAGAAAGGCCACAAUGAAAAGGCAACAGGGUAUCCUUCCCAAACCUAGUGCCCUCAAGAUAUUCAAGACUACAACUUCACUCAGCCUGGUCAAUAUGGCCAAUGGUCAGGGAUGAUGAGAGUUGUAGUCUGACAACAACUGGAAGACACUAGGUUGGGUAGCAGUAGAGGCUGCAGCUGAGAUUAAAUCUAUUUUGUCAUUCCAGAUUAGGGUUGAGGAAGGCCAAUGGUUGUAUUCUAAGUCCUCCUCACAGUAGACCCAAUGAAAUAAAUGGAUCUAAAUUAGUCAUGUAAAAUGUGUGCCCUUUGAGUAAGACCAGCAUUGAAUACAACCCAAUAUUUUUCCAUGUGCUGAUGUUUAUUUGCGGCCCCUCCAUAUUUAGUGCUGAGAAACCAAAUAAUUUUUCUAAGGUACUGAUCUCUCUUGGAGGGCAAUGAUUUUACUUGGGUCCUGCUUCUGGCCUUUCUGUUGGGGCACCUGGUUCUUCACUGUGAGGAUAGCCUGCUGGGCUGAAUGGGCCUUUGGUCUGAUCCGACAGGGCAUUUCUUACAUUCUUAUCAUUUUCAGCUGGCGACCCCAAGUGAGUCUGAUGUGCAUUUGCUCUUGAUAACUAGCCCUGCUGUGUUUAUGCCGCCACUCAUUUCCCUUUGAUUACAUUUCACAUUGCCGUGUGUGAGCCCUGUUGUUAAUUUGUAAUCUUAUGUAAAGUGCCAUAUGUGAAGUGAUUUAACUUCCAACUCAAUCGGAAAUGAGAAGCCUAAGUCCAGUUUCCGUUUCACUCGUCUGCAAAUCAGUUUCGCAGGCAUGCUCUGCACACCGCCAUGGCCUCCUCAAAUUGUUCAUGACCCUGGCAACUAUUUGAGGGUUUGAAUUUAAAUGCAAUGUAGUGAGUCAGACAGACAACUAUCUUGGAUCAAUAGACCAAGCAGAACCUGUAGGCUAGAGUCUAGCUGUGUGUCAGCUACUGUGUAGGUGUGUUGUGCAAACGCUCCCCACACUCCUCCCGGAGCUGGAAAGAGACUAGUUUAACCUCCACUUUGCUAGUAAAACUGAAUUCCUGAUGCAUGUUAAAAAGUGUGUCACCAACAUGAAAAGUUUGUAAAACUCUCCCUAGCUUAUGGCCCAUGUGCAGGCCCCGGAGACAGAGGUUAAUUGGGAGAGGGGAGCAAGGGAAGGCAGACCCCACCAAGGGCUCUCACCCACCUAGAGAGUCAAGCCCUCCACCUGCCACUUGGAUGUAUAAGACUGUGGUCUAACAUUCUUCUUUCCAACAGUCUCUACGUCUUGUGUGAUCUCAUCCUCAGUUUUGCUGUUCCUCCAUUCAACCAGUCCCUUUCUCACAUACUACACAAUCUUCUGUUGGUGGGCAUCCGUCUAUCUUGGGAGACUAUGAAAGAGUGCACCUUUGGGGGUGAAAUCAAGUCACUGGAGAGUUACAGCGCUUGGUGUGGCUGUAGAGGCCAAUACAGGAACAACCUGUUUUGUUGCAACUGGGGCAGAUGAAUGCAUCCAGUUGUGCUGGUACAUGGUGCAUCUGAGCAGUCAUUCUUCCUCUGCUCAUUGCUGUGGCUACAUGACCUGACUGAUUGCCUCCAGAUACUGUGGUCAUCUGCAAGGGAUUCUCACACAUCGGGUUUAACGUUGCCAACCUUUAUGUCACGUUUGCAAACAUAUUUGUAGCACAGAAUUGGUCUCUUAUACGGAUACAUACACAGACAAAAGGCUGCCUCCUGCAGAGAAUGAGCACUGCUCUGGAUAGAAUUUGCUGAUGCUCAGCAAAAUGUACGUAAUCACUCUGGUGGAAACUGGAAAUCCAAAACCACAUCAUUGUCAUUCCUGCCAGCAAGGAAGUCCUUCCACACACUGUUCCUCACCUUUAUUAGGACUGAUUCGUAAAAUAUUAAUGGUUUCAUCGGAACAAAAAAAAAAUCUCCUGGGGAAAAUUAGUCAAUUAGUACUGUAUGUAUCAUUUCCACCAUGAGGUAGAAAUAUUUCAUCCUGAGCACCCAGGCACUGUGAAUUAACUAUGAGCUGUCCCCUUCCAUGCAACCCAGAUUCUCUUCUCCCUCUGGGGGAUGGGAGGACAAAACUGCUGCAGGUUCAUGUUAAGAGGCCUGCCAGGGAAUUGUAUAAACACUCUUCAUAAUAAACUAGCUCCUGGUAGAGCCUGAAUUCAUUUUACAGAUAACACACUGCACAAUACCAGUUCACUGCUGUAAAGUUCUCCAUUUCUUUCUUUUUUACCAUUCUCCUUUAAUAGGUGAGAAAAGAAAUUGAAAAUAUGAAAAUUAGCAAAGGGAAAAUAACAUUGGCAACAGAAUUCAGGGGCUGUUGGUUUUUUGUUUUGUUUUGUUUUGUUUUUUUAAAGCACAGAGUAUAACAUAUGCAGCUGUUUGGCCUAGUUCCUUGGACCAGCUGCUGAGAUGCUUGUUUGAAGGUCAGGGCUAUCCCAAAUUCCUGAAGUGUUUAUAAGUGAGGACUGAAGUCCCGCUGCAGCCAAGAAGGCUGAAUUGCUGUGACAGAAGGCCAUUGGUUCCAGAUGCCUUCUACCAAGUCAGAUACACUAAGAGCAACAGUAACUUCCAUCAAAACUGGAUUAUUACAAGCAUGGGCUGAUUUGCUGCCUCACAGAGUUUCUGUGCUAGUAUGCUGCAGUGCUUUGAAGAAUACUUUCAGUAUGCUAGAUAAAUAUGCUAACUAUACAAGUACUGUAUGCAUUCCUUGGCAUUGCUAAACUUAAACAACAGCUAAAUGGUGUUGCUUCCACAAGAGGGAGCUACAAUCUAAUUUUAUUUAUCAUCAAAAAAUGAGUUUUCAGAGGAAACACUGUGCUUAAUUUCUAACAGAAGACAUCUCAUGGCUCAAAUGCAUUUAGAAGCCAUGGAUUAAACCUAAAGACUUUUGUUUUAGUUAGUAGUAAGAGGAGGGUUCACUGCACAUGCUCAGAUGCACUCUUCUGCGUCAUAUUCUGUAUCACUACAGAAAAAGAGGUUGUGAAUCUAAUAAUUUAGCUUAGGACGGACCCUAAACCUCUCUGAGGAGAAUUUCGGUCUGAAUUUGGGAAGGAGUGGGGAAAGAGAACAAGGGUGAAGGGAAGGGAAUUUCUUCUUAAAUUUGUGUCUGGCAAGUGGUUGAUAAAAGAAGAAUAUUUAUGGUCUGCCUUUUCUGGACAAAACCUUCUCAAGACCCUUUGAGAAGAUUCAAAUUUAACUUGGUACUUUAGACUGGUUUCCUAUCUUCCAGAGUUGCUAGAGCUCAGGGACACAUCAUGCGAUGCAUAGGGAAACUAUGGAACUCGCUCCCACAGGAGGUACUAAUAGCCACCAACCUGGAUGGUUUUAAAAGACAAUUAGAAAAAUUCAGAGAGGAGUGUUGUUGUAAGCCAAAAAUAGCUUAUCUCCUGAGUCUAUGUUAAUAAAAAACUCAGAAAUGCGAGGAGUUGGGAGUCCAACGUUUACUGCAAAGCAAUAGGUUACAGUCGGAUAGUUCUGCGAAACUGCAACCCCACCCAGUGGUCCAGGUGGUGGUAUUUAGAACAUUUCAAACAAAGCAUUUCAAUUUUCACCAAUCAUAUACAUCAUUACCUCAUUUCAUGUUUUACACGUGCGCAAUAAGUUCUGGCAAUUUGUGCUGAUUCAGGUUUGAUUCUCACCGUGUUUUGUUACAUUGUGGUACUGUGCAAGUUGGGAACCUGUGUUACUUGUACCAUGUAGCAACUUACAUUCUAGCUUUAAGCCAUAUCUUUAAGCCAUCACAUAUUAGCUGUAUUUCUGCCCCAAUUGGGGGGUGGCAACUUGCAAAAUCAUCAGUUUCAUAAAGCAACCGGUUACCAUAACUUCUCUAUUAGAAGCGCACUCAAGGAUUUCCAGGGGUACACAUUAUCACAUUUAUUGUGGCCCUUUGGUUUGUUAUGUAGGGAUACUCAUACCUAAGUUCUUUUUCCCUCUCCAGUGAAGUAGGAGGUCAGCUGGCUGUCCCACUGUAUGAUGAUCUGAGGCACAAGGUAUCGGCUGAAACGUCCUUGAUAGGAGGUACCCAAACAUGGAAAACCCAGGAAUGGCCCCCCACUCGUAUCAUUAAAGAAUUUGGCCCAGCCACUUGGCGUCAGGAUGGUAUGCAAGGGUACCAUACCCCAGUGUACAUCUUGAAUCGCCUUAUCUACAUCCAAGCCGUGGUAGAGAUAAUUACCAAUCGCACGGCCACAGUGUUAGAUUUACUCUCAGACCAAAGCUCCCAAAUGAAAGAGGCCAUCUAUCAAAAUACAAUGGUCCUAGAUUAUCUGCUGUCUGAAGAAGUAGGUAUGUGCAGAAAAUUAAAUCUGACCGAUUGCCGUCUGAAAAUUGAUGAACAUGAGCAUUGACUUUGAGUUUGACACCAUCUCAGUCUGCAGCCUAGGAGAAGAGGAGGACAUUCUUCUGAGUGUCCCAGCACCAUUGGGUGCUGCUGAGCCCGGUGGCAUUUUGCCCAUGGAGGGCUUCAGCCAGGAAGAACUCCAGGUCCAGCUAGCUUCUGUCCUGGCUGGCCUGCAGAGCUGGAAGAAAGAGGUCCACAGCAAGGCUCUUCAGAAGUUUUCAGGCCUCCUGUUGGAAGCAAAUAAACACCCUUCUGUAGAGCUUCCAGAAUCCAUCCUGGGCAAGAUGGUGGCAGUCCUGGUCUCUGUGUGCUAGAUCCAGAUGCCGGCUGUGAUUGUGAGGCAGCAGAGACACUCUGCAACCUCCUGCAUGUCAUGCGGCGCAAGGAAGCCAUGCUGAAGGAAACAACCUGGGGCUGGGAGGCGAUCCUUAGGGCUCGGUGGAUCCUCAACCCAACUGAAGGACCUUCCCCAGAGUUAUUCCUGCAUAAUGGCUAUGUUCUGCCCAUGGUCUUUGGUGCCUACCUGCCUCCAGAGCAGCUCCUGGAGGCAGUGUGUCACCUGGCCAGGGACCUUGCAGUAAAGGGCAUUUUCAUGCCACUGAAAAUCCACGCCCUGCUCCACCAAAUUUUGGACAAAUUCAGUGGGAAAGCUAUGCAGGUCGAGCUGCUGCUGGAGGCCUUUCUCCAAAAUGCCAAGGGGCCCUCCAUGGAGCAGCAGAAAGUGGCACUCUUUGCCUUUUAUGUACUGGCAAAGCAGUGCCCGGAGAAUGUGAUGGGAUACCUGCUCCAGUUCCCUUUGAGUGACAGUGGCAAGAUCUGGAAGGUGGUCCUUAGCUCUGCGGAUCACCCUCACUUGAUCCAUCUGCUGACUCGACUAAGGGCCACCUUCAAGGAGUCCACCACCACACUAUCAAUGGCUAUUUAGCCAGGAUGAAUAUGUUGUGCCUCCAAUAAAUGCUGCUGAAUACCUGUUGCUGGAAACCACAGGAGGGGAAAGUGCUUGGGUCCUGCUAGAGGGUUUCCCACAGACACUUGGUUGGCCACUGUGAGAACAAGAUGCUGGUUUGAUGGACCAUUGGCCUGAUCCAGCAGGCUCUUCUUAUGUUCUUACAUUCCAGGAGGGUGUUGAGCAGGUCUGAUGAUGUGGGAAUUAGACUCUAGUUGGAAGAUAGCCCUGGGUCGUUUGACCCUUUAAUUAGUUCUCUUUUCCCCUCCUAUAAAAAACUAUUCAAGACAUGCUCUUUGAAAGUUUAAAGAACCAAUAACUUGUACUUGCAGAUGCAGAUUAAAAACAGAAAGCAGGUGGAUAUUUCUUAAAUAUGUCUUACAUAGGUUAAACUGUUAUAGACUAACUCUCUCUGAGGCAGACAGCGGCACAACACAACGUACCUGCUGCUCUAACUGUUAAGACUGUUCUGCUAACUGCCAUAACUGUACCAACUGCCACAACUGCCUCAGAUAUAUGACAUCGCAGAGUUCUAUAGGUCUUGCAAUUGACUCUUUACUUAUGCAUUUUGGAUGCUAGCUUCCUACAGCUGAGGAAUGAGGAGGGAUGGCUGUCUGAGAGUGCCAAGGGCUAAAUGGAUAGGAUUUGAGGGCCGCAUCUGGCCCAUUGCUCUGCGAGGCCACAACCAUGUAUUAAAGUCUGUAUUUGUUCACCAGCGAGUUUUUUAGACCUGGUUGCUGUUAGCAUUUCAACCGGAGCCUGCCAAGGAUCUGGCAGCUCCUCACUUGAAGCCUGGCCUGUGUUUUCUUACCACCUGGCCAAUCUAACCCUGCUCAGUCAUGUGGAGUGGCAGUGCACAGGGCGGAGCGGAGCCUUCCAGUUUACAUCUUGUUUAGUCUGUUCCUUCAGCUCUGCCGCUUAGCCUUCCUUGAUGGAUGCCUCGUUCCCAGCAGACUCCACUGUGCCUAAUUGGAAGACCUCGCAACAGGCACGCAACAGAGAAAGAAAUUGACAAGGCAGCCAAGCAUCAGAGUAAUGAGCCUACGGGACUGUGGGCCGCUGAGCCGGCUCAUGAGAAGUCAGGAUAAGGAAUGAGUGCGAGCGAGUUUUAGAAAAUUAUAACAGAGAUUUUGAAAAAUCACAUCCCUAUCUCAAAGCCAUAUACCAAAGGACUGCAUAUUUUAAACAAUCAAAUCAAUUACACAUGGUUGUUGUUGUCUUUAAAAAAAAAAGAUAUAAAAACAAUUGUAUAUACAGUAUAAAACAAUUUAAAAUUCACACAAUUGUGAUAUAUGUUUUAAAAAUCUCCACUUCAAAAGCUUGUUGAAAGACGAAAGUCACUGAACGAGUGCUGGAAAGACAAUAGUUUGUAGGUUCAUUUGACUUAUUUUAUGAGUAAAGUGAUGUAGUAGUAGUAGUAGUAAUGUCUGAUCAAAGGGUUGAUGCCUACAUGAUGUGGAAUGGACCUCGUAAAGAGACAAUAUCUGCAGGAUGCCCUCUUCUGCAGAAGUUUGAGUGUAGAAGGGAUGAGAAUAUAUUUUGGGUAUCCUUGUCCCAAGCUGUGUAGUCCUUUGCAUGCCAGUACCACCAGCUUGAACCUAGCCUCCUGUGAAUAAACAACACUGUGUUUACUAAAUGUAUUUUGACCACAUGAAAAAUAACAAUAGGCAGAUUAGCUGCUUCAAAGUGGAUCCAGAUUUCAGUGUUUCAGGCUUCUUUAUACCACGGCUUCUGCUUAUAUAAUCUUUAAUUAAAGAAAAUAGCAUAAGAAAACCCUCAAACUACCAGACUGUGGGUCAGAAUGAAACAAUCCCUGAUUAGGAUUGUUUCAUGGUGAAACAUCCACCAAGAGCCCCACCUGGUACCUUCCAGAUGUUUUAGACUCCAGCUCCCAUCAGUCUCAUCCAACAUGGCCAAUGGUCAGGGCUGAUGGGAGUUAUAAACCAGCCACAUCUGCAGAAGGCUGUUCCAAGGCAGCCAAACAUAAGAGUCAAUGUAGCCUGUGCUAAGUUCUUUGUGGAUAAAUAAAUGCAAUCUAUACCACUAAAUAUUAGAAACAACAAACCUCCACUUUGGUUUUGCUUUAGAGAAACAACAUUCUCAUUGGUUUGUCCCUCAAUCAACAUUUCCAAAGCAGAAAGAGGAAGAGAAGGAAGUUUAGGAAUGCUUUUUUGUGGCCAGCCAAUCCAUUCCCUCAGUAUCCUUCCCUCUCUUUUCCUAAUGCACAGGCUCUGUUCCUUAAAAGGUACAGUGGAACCUUGGUUUUCGAACAUCAUCCAUUCCGGAAGACCGUUCAACUUCUGAAAUGUCCAAAAGCAGAGGCGCAAAGGGCGGUCAGCAAAUUUACAGAGAAAAUUGAGAAAAAUACAGUGGUACCUCAGCGGAAGCCUUUUGACUUCUGAGACGCAUUCGAAAAUGGAAGCAUUUACUUCUGGGUUUUCGGCAUUCGAGUUCCAAAACAUUCGCCAAUGGAGGCGUUCGCAACCCGAGGUACCACUGCAUAUUUAUAACCUGAGUUGGGUGCAACUCAGUUUCUUGAGAGGGGCUUGCAUGGAGGAGAGGACUGUUGAUGGUUACUAGCCAUCAUGGCUAGGCUCUACCUCCAUAGUCAGAGGCAGGGAUGAUUUUUAAUGCCUCUGAAUGCCAGUUGCUGGGAACCACAGGUGAGGAGAGAACCGCCACCCUUGGGUCCUGCUUGCAAACUUCUCAUAGGUACUGUAUCUGGUUGGCCACUGCAAGAACAGCACUCCGGGCUAGAUGAGUCUUUGGCUGGAUCACGCAAAAUCUCCGUAUGUUCUUAUUGGCAUAGAUAUUGAAAAUCUAGCAAGCAGGUUCGUUAUCACUCUUCUCUUUUUUAAAAAAGCAACAACCAACAUAUAUCAAGCUGACUUGAAAACCUCAAUUAUGAUAGGAAAUUUUGCAAUGAUACGGUUCAGACAUUUACUGACCUCCUGGCCCCUGAGCUGCUGUAAGGUCCUGUCUGAGAUGUUUCAUGUUGAUUGAUGCAUUUCCACACAAAAGCUGAGGUUACAGGGAGGGCAAUGGAAAGAGGCCUCCACACACAACCUUCUACUCCACCCCUUGCACUAAAAACAGAUGGCAUUUGGUUGCAGCUUUCUAGCUGCGGCCUCCUCUCUAAUUCGUCACCUUGAUGUGCCAAAGCAUUUCCCUGACUGCUCUUCCCUCUCUUCCUUUAAAUUCGUCCUUGAGUCCCACUUUUAUUUUAGAGAAGUCUUUCCUGGCCCCAUCUUCCAUUCCCCUCCUUUCCAGGUUCUCCAAACACAGUGUAAUCUACACUCCAAACAUCUGUGCAAAUCUACUCCAGAAGCCAUAUUACGAUAAAUGGGAGUGUGAGCUAAGUGUGUACGAGAUUGCAGUCUAACUUGCUCUCAUCUUCAACUUUCUACUGCUAAUAUUCCCUCAGUUUUGGACUCAGCUGCUUUGUAUUUGCUAGUGACUGUUGAACAUUAAAUGCUGCAUUAGCCUAUAGAAGCAUUAACAUAAACCCAUUUCCUACUUUCCAGAAAUGAAAUAAUAUCCUUUUGUCCACAGUUUUAAAUGUGGAAGUGGGGGUUGGGUGGCAGUUAUUGGUUUGGUUUGGUUUGGUUUGGUUUGUUCUGUUAUUUUUAUUAUAUAUUUUGUGUUUUUUAUCUCAUAUUUUUAUGCUGUGAACCAUUCUAAGAUCUUUGGAUGAAGGUAUACAAAAUAAAAAAUAAAAGUAGGUCUAAUCAUGGAGAUCAAGUGAUGGAGGUCUGCUGCACCUGUUGUACUUCUGACUGCCAGGAAUACUGGAACUCUGCUGCACAGGGGCGAAAGAGAUAUUUGUUCAGUCUGCAUGCUAAAGUGAACCAGUCUUAUUUGGCAGUCCUGGGUUUAAACAUUAAUUGAAAUGCACCUCUCAGUGGAUUGCACACAGAUCCAAACUCUGCAAUAUAGUUUCAGGGUGUUGUGUUUUUUAUGUAUUGAAAAGCAUUUCCGGUAUUUGAAAAUGCCAAGUGUUUGAGGCAAAUAAUGAAUGAAAAAUGAAAACAAAAUGGGUACAAUUUAAACGUGCAUUUUUCAUGUAUUUUUUUUUUUUUUAAAUAGGAACAGAACAGUCCUAUGAUUGAGCACAUGAGAAACUGACAUGGAAAUGGGCUGAUCCGCCAAUUACUGCUGCUGGGAGGUAGGGGGUUGGAGUGGAAAAUCUACCACCACCCAAUUACAUACAUAAAAUAAAAACAUAAUAUUUGCUGUCAUUAACAGCAUUGCUGGAAUGUCCUUGGCUUUUUAAUUAUUCUAAAGGCAAGCAGUUCUGCACAUUUGCUCCCUCCUCUGUUUUCCAAC